GGCUCGCAGGCGGUGUCGCGCGCGGGGCAGUUCGCGCGGGAGCGGGGCGCCGGGGUGCUGGGGCUGCGGGUCGGUGCGAACCGAAGCCGCUGUGGGCCGGAGAGGAAGCCAGGAUGGCGACUCCUAGUAGGAAGACGGCGACCCCAGGCCCCCUGGCCUCCAAGAGACCUCUCCCGAGAGACCCCUCAUCCGAGGUCCCGAGUAAGAGAAGGAGUUCGGCCUCGCCGGCGCCGCCGCCGCCACGGCCCCUGCAGUCGUCCGGGCCUUUCGUGGAAGGCUCUAUCGUCCGCAUCGCGAUGGAGAACUUCCUAACAUAUGAUAUCUGUGAAGUAUCUCCUGGACCCCACUUGAAUAUGAUUAUUGGAGCUAAUGGAACAGGGAAGUCCAGCAUCGUGUGUGCCAUUUGCCUUGGAUUAGCAGGCAAACCUGCUUUCAUGGGACGGGCAGAUAAGGUUGGCUUUUUUGUGAAGAGAGGAUGUUCCAAAGGCAUGGUUGAAAUUGAAUUGUUCAAAAUUUCUGGAAAUCUUGUAAUCACCCGUGAGAUUGAUGUGGCAAAAAAUCAGUCCUUUUGGUUUAUCAACAAAAAAUCUACAACCCAGAAAAUAGUAGAAGAGCAAGUUGCAGCCUUAAAUAUUCAAGUGGGCAAUCUUUGCCAGUUUCUACCUCAGGAUAAAGUUGGAGAAUUUGCUAAACUCAGUAAAAUUGAACUCCUUGAAGCUACUGAGAAGUCAAUUGGUCCUCCAGAAAUGCACAGAUACCAUUGUGAACUCAAAAACUUCAGGGAGAAAGAAAAACAGCUAGAGACCUCAUGCAAAGAGAAAACUGAAUAUCUAGAGAAAAUGAUUCAGAGGAAUGAAAGAUACAAACAAGAUGUGGAGAGGUUCUAUGAACGUAAGCGACAUUUAGAUUUGAUUGAGAUGCUUGAAGCAAAAAGGCCAUGGGUGGAGUAUGAAAAUGUUCGUCAGGAAUAUGAAGAAGUAAAACUAGCUCGUGACCGAGUGAAGGAAGAAGUGAGAAAACUUAAAGAAGGGCAGAUUCCUAUGACACAUCGAAUUGAAGAAAUUGAAAAACAGCGGCACAAUCUGGAGGCUAGAAUCAAAGAGAAGGCAACAGAUAUUAAGGAGACAUCUCAAAAAUGCAAACAAAAGCAAGAUGUUAUAGAAAGGAAAGAUAAACAUAUUGAGGAACUUCAGCAGGCUUUAGCAGUAAAACAAAAUGAAGAGCAUGACCGACAGCGGAGAAUAAGUAAUACGCGCAAAAUGAUAGAAGAUUUGCAGAAUGAACUGAAGAACACAGAAAACUGUGAGAAUCUUCAACCCCAGAUUGAUGCCAUUACAAGUGAUCUGAGACAAAUUCAAGAUGAAAAGGCAUUAUGUGAAGGCGAGAUAAUUGAUAUGCGAAGAGAGAAGGAAACUCUAGAGAAGGAGAAAAAGAAUGUGGAGGAGCAUAUUGUACGUUUUGACAAUCUUAUGAAUCAAAAAGAAGAUAAGCUGAGACAGAGAUACCGUGACACAUAUGAUGCUGUUUUAUGGCUAAGAAAUAACAGAGACAAAUUUAAACAAAGAGUCUGUGAGCCCAUAAUGCUCACGAUCAAUAUGAAAGAUAAUAAAAAUGCCAAAUAUGUUGAAAAUCAUAUUUCAUCAAAUGACUUGAGAGCUUUUGUAUUUGAAAGUCAAGAAGAUAUGGAGGUUUUUCUCAAAGAGGUUCGUGACAAUAAAAAAUUAAGAGUAAAUGCUGUUAUGGCUCCUGAGCAUUCCUGUGCCGACAAAGCACCUUCAGUAUCUCUGAAUGAACUAAAACAAUAUGGAUUUUUCUCUUAUUUGAGAGAGUUAUUUGAUGCACCCAAUCCUGUCAUGAGUUACCUUUGCUACCAGUAUCAUAUUCAUGAAGUUCCUGUAGGAACUGAGAGGACCAGAGAAAGAAUUGAACGGGUAAUACAAGAAACCCAAUUAAAACAAUUUUAUACAGCAGAAGAAAAGUAUGUGGUGAAAACUUCAUUUUAUUCCAACAAACAUAUUACUGUUAACACGUCCCUAAAAGUAGCCCAGUUUCUCACAGUUACUGUGGAUCUAGAGCAAAGACGACACUUAGAAGAACAGCUAAAGGAAAUUAAUAGAAAAUUGCAAGCAGUGGAAUCAGGGUUGAUUGCCUUACGUGAGAAAAACAAACAUCUAGAACACAGAGACAAUGAACUUAGACAAAAGAAGAAGGAGCUUCUUGAAAGGAAAACCAAGAAAAGACAACUGGAACAAAAAAUUAGUUCCAAACUAGGAAGUUUAAAGCUGAUGGAACAGGAUACUUGCAACCUUGAAGAGGAAGAGCAAAAAGCAAGUACCAAAAUCAAGGAAAUAAAUGUUCAGAAAGCAAAACUUGUUACCGAAUUAACAAACCUGAUAAAGAUUUGUACUUCUUUGCAUAUACAAAAAGUAAAUUUAAUUCUUCAAAAUACUACAGUUAUCUCCGAGAAGAACAAAUUAGAAUCAGAUUAUAUGGCUGCUUCGUCACAACUACGUCUCACAGAGCAACAUUUCAUUGAGUUGGAUGAAAAUAGACAGAGAUUAUUGCAGAAAUGCAAAGAACUUAUGAAGAGAGCUAGGCAAGUAUGUAACCUGGGUGCAGAGCAGACCGUUCCUCAAGAAUAUCAGACACAAGUACCCACCAUUCCAAAUGGACACAACUCCUCACCCCCCAUGGCUUUCCAAGAUCUUCCAAAUACAUUGGAUGAAAUUGAUGCUUUAUUAACUGAAGAAAGAUCAAGAGCUUCUUGCUUCACAGGACUGAAUCCUACAGUCGUUGAGGAAUACACAAAAAGAGAAGAAGAAAUAGAGCAAUUAACCGAGGAACUAAAGAUAAAGAAAGUUGAACUGGAUAAAUAUAGGGAAAGCAUUUCACAGGUAAAAGAAAGGUGGCUUAAUCCUCUAAAAGAGCUGGUAGAAAAAAUUAAUGAAAAAUUCAGCAAUUUUUUUAGUUCUAUGCAGUGUGCUGGUGAAGUUGAUCUCCAUACAGAAAAUGAGGAAGACUAUGAUAAGUAUGGAAUUCGAAUUAGAGUCAAAUUUCGCAGUAGUACUCAACUUCAUGAACUAACUCCUCAUCAUCAAAGUGGAGGCGAAAGAAGUGUUUCUACCAUGUUAUACUUGAUGGCACUUCAGGAGCUUAAUAGAUGUCCAUUCAGAGUGGUCGACGAAAUCAAUCAGGGAAUGGACCCAAUCAAUGAACGAAGAGUAUUUGAAAUGGUUGUAAAUACUGCUUGUAAAGAAAACACAUCUCAGUACUUCUUUAUUACACCAAAGCUCCUGCAAAAUCUUCCUUAUUCUGAAAAGAUGACGGUAUUGUUUGUCUACAAUGGUCCUCAUAUGCUGGAACCAAAUAGAUGGAAUUUAAAGGCUUUCCAAAGGCGGCGGCGCCGAAUUACAUUCACUCAACCUUCUCAAUAAAAGUAAAGGGCAAGAACUUUGGUAUUUUUCUGUUAAAUCCUGUUUAUAAGUACAGCUCAACUGAAUAAAAGGAGAUUCAAUAAGGCUAAAAGAUCAGUUAUUUUUGGAAACCUGCUGUUAAAUACAAAUGGGUUGAUGAGUGGAAACCAUAAUAACUUCUUUCUGUGGAACAUCAUCUCGUAGUAAAAAUUAAGUCUUCUUCAGUCGAUGUCGAACCUGAGUCCUUAGCAUUCUGACAGCGUGUCAUUGGUUCCCACGUUAGAAAGUAUUUACUAUUUCAAAUCAAAGGUACCGUGGAAGGGUUCUCAAUCACAAGAAAUUUAGGUGACAUGGUAACCCUGGGCUUUAAUCACAGAGUGACUUUAAUUACUUUUAGAGUCUAAAGAUGACUCCAUAGCUUACAUCAUAGUUUUCUCCCAGUGUUAUAUUUAAUUUUUAAAAAUUGAUAUGGAAAUGUCUAGUCUAAUGUAUAGUAAUUUAUGACAAAUCUAUUCAUUUCUUCCUAUUAAAAAAGAUUACCUUAUCUCCACUAGGAAAUGGAAUUUUAUGGGCCUUUAAAAAAUUUUAUGAAACUUAAUACUAUAAUUGUAUUGGUAUCUCAAAGGAAAAAAAAGUACUGAGGUUCAAAACUGGUAGCAGGACUUCUUUGAAUGCCACAAGGUGGCCACUAAAUGAUGGAAAAUGCAACCAAAAGAUUGACAGAGAAUAAAAUCAAGUGACAAGGAUUUUUAAAGAAUAACCUUGUAAAGUGUGUGGUUUUUUUUUUAUUAAUUUAAAGUCAAUUGUAUUUUACAUCUUAAAUUUCUAAAAGCAUUUUUAUAAUUAUUUUUAGUGAGAUUUUUCUUAAGAUUUCAUAUACUGGUUUCUACGAUUUAUAUUUGAAAUUUCUCAGUGUUAAUGUAAAGAGUGAGAGAAAGCAUUGAUUUGUUUAAAACCAUAAUGUUUCUAGAACCUAAGCUUAUAGGUCCUUCUGUAGAGUGUUGAUCCUAUCCCAUUAUCUUAGAAAAUUUAGUUUUAACUGUUUUCUUUUAGCAUGAAAGAAUUAGAUGAGAAAAUCAUUUGUUUAUCUCUGAGUUAUACUAAUUAACAGUGCCAAAACAAAUUCUAUUCUUUUAAAAAAUAAAUCUUGUAAGAUAAUGGACUAGUCCAAGGACAUGUCUUUGAACAGUGGAUUCGAUCUGUGCUGGUAAAGACAAAAUUAUUUUUUGACUUGGUAGUUUGAAUAAAUUGAAGAAUUGCAUUCAGUUUGGGUUUUGUAUAUUCUUAAAUAGCCACUGAAAUUUAUAUUCGUAUUAGGUCAAAAAAUAAUGAACCAUAAGUUUAUCUCCUCUCACUUGGACAUUUUCUCUCCAAGGUAUUUUCUUCUUCUCUUAAAAGAGUAUUUUUUUCCUUGAUAAAAAUUUUGAAAGAAAGAGCCUUCUCCUCUUAAACUAAGUGUAAUGCAUGUACUAUGAAAAUAUUUUAAAAUAAUUUUACUAGUGUGAACUCAUGUAAACAUUGAAAAACUUGGUAUCGUUAGUAAAUGGUUGUUGUUACCAGAUUUUUUUGUUGUUUAGUACUUUGUUCUCCACCAAAAUGCAUUUACUAAUAUGUGCUUGUAGUGUAGUUUGUUUAUUGUCUCAGUUUGUGCUGGUCAUCUUCUUUCUGAAAAAUGAAUAUCAAUGUGAAAAAGAAGCUUGAAGAUUAGGUGUGUUUGAAAAUAAAAUGCUCAGUAACAUUUCAGUUUACACAUGCCAACAAUUAUUCCAUAACUUGUUUAUAAACAUUUUUAUUUCUCUACUGGACAAAGUUAGUAUUUGGUUUUACAUUGAAUUUUGAGCUGUGAAGGAUAAAUUAUGUAUCAUUUUAACAUAGUAAUAAAAGAAUAAUAAGUCUAGCACAUUGUAGUCUCAGCCACUUAAAACUUUAUAUAUUUUCUGCAAAAAUUGAUUUUUAAUUACAUAUAAAUUGUAAAAACCAAGUAAAAGUCUGAUUUGAUGAGUAAAAUAUUUAAAACCUUAAGGUGACAAGCAAGUGUUGUUAAUGACAAAAUCUUCAUUGAUUUGCCUAAGGAGAGAAUCUCUAUUAAAGGGUUUUUAGUGUUCAAAGUAGAAGGAAAGAUUUCUUGCUGCUUUCUAAUUGUCUUUUGGACAUGUGCUUAUUUUCUUUGGAGUAUGAAUCUUUAGUGUGUGAAAAACGUAAUUUUGUCCUGUUAUUGUGUGUGUCUUCAUGUGUGUGUAAUUGAAAAAACUCUUUGUGGGAAAUGCUCCUUUGUUGGUAAUAAAUGCAUAUUUUCAUAUUC